AAAUGGAGAAUGGAAGUUUGUGAGAUGUAUGAACAUGAAACAGAGAUGCGAAAUUCGAAAAAAAAAAAAAAAAAAAAAAAAAAUCAAAAUAGGGAUGAGGGAGAGAGAAACAGGAAAUGGCUGGUGCAGUAGUUAGUGAAGGGGGGGAAGAAAGGCGAUGCAUCCAUCUUGCAUAUCCGCGUUGGAGCUGUCAUAUUCUCUACGGCAGGGAGAGAGUCGUUAAAUCUGUUGGUUGGUUUUCUUUUUUUUAUCUGUUUCUUUUUGGAGUGUUCUGUAUUCUCUAUCAUCUUUUUUAUUUUAUUUUUUUUUUUUCUCGGUUACUUGACUUGGUUUAAUUAAUUUCUGGCUGUAUUUGAUUUUGGGCGGGUG